CAACAAAGUUUCUGCCUCGCCACUACCAUGUAACGCCAUAUCUAUAGUUGCGAAACAAACAUGCAGUUUGAAAGGGCGCAGCGUUCUUGAAUCUGAACACUAUGCAACUACUUCAUAUUGUUAUUGUGGUAAAGACACUAUUAUGUGUCGGUGAGAGUUACACCAUCAGAAGCUCUGUUUCAUGGGCUGUCACCAGUGAUGUGGUGGAUGAAGAGCUGGACACGCACUCGGACGAGGCGCCAGCUGUUCUCGUCGAUAAUAUCGGGAUCUGGAAACAAGCCUAUCCGUCCUCUGUGUACCGGGACGGUUCAGAGAAGAAACCUGACCAGAUAUCGAAAAGCGAGGAUGUGUCAUCCGCCUCCCGUGUGUUCUCAUACCGUAUGGAGGAGGUGAAGGCGCCGUCCAGCAUACCUACACCUCCACCGCACGAGGAGACGGCGAGAGUAGCGCGAUAUAUGGCGCAUUAUAGCGACUGGGGUCACCUGGCAACCAUCUCCACGCAGGAUCAGAUCAAAGGACUUCCGUUUGGAAACAUCUUCUCUGUCAGUGACGGUCCAGCUGACAACAGCACUGGUGUUCCUUAUUUCUAUGUCACACCGAUGGACAACUCUGUAACAGAUCUUCGCAGCUUCCCUUUUGCCUCCUUAACGUUUUCUGAGGCAGAGGGAGAUUUCUGCAGGAAACAGGUUUAUGACCCAGAGGACCCCAGAUGUGCUAGACUCACUUUGACUGGUAAAAUGGUGGAAGUGGGACCAGAGGAGCUUGACUUUGCCAAAGAGGCUAUGUUCUCCAGGCAUCCUGUUAUGAAGAAGUGGCCCCCUGGACAUAAUUGGUUUUUCAUGAAAUUGGUGUUGCAGCAAGUUUGGCUGCAAGACUGGGUUGGAGGAGUCUCUGUCAUUCCGCUUGAAGAGUAUUUAAAAGCGACACCUUUCUGAGAAAAAAAAACCGCAACAUCCUAUAAUGAACAAUGUACAAGCAGAGCUGAACUGAUUCUGGACAGAAGGUGGUGGUUUUUGUUACAAACUACUUCCAAAUAGUGGUUUUUGUCCUGGCCAUGAUACCGGUUCAGUGCCUCUGGAUUUUGCUCCUAACAUGUUCCUGAGGAUUUGUUGAAUGUAUGAAUUAUGUUCAAGGAAGCCUAUAAUAAUCGAUAGAAUAAUUCCAUAGUUACUUAAAGUGCCCCUAUUAUCCUGUUUUAAAGAUUCCUAAUUUUGUUUCAGAGGUCUCGUAUAGGUUUACAUGCAUCCAAGGUCUAAAAACCACUCAUAAUAUACAUUACAAUAUUACCUCUUUUCUCACAGUGUCUGAAACCGUUCAGUAAAGGAUUAUGUCUCUAAACUUCUCCUUUCCAAGGGCCAACUCUGCUCUGAUUGGUCAGUUGGCUAACACUGUUGUGACUGGUCCACCGCUUACAGCGUGUAUCGGAAACAAAACGCCCACACCCAUAUUUGAAUUUCAGCCUUCCUCAGCACUUGUAUGAACAGUAACGACGGCGUCGCUUUUACCAUAUCAGUUUGAGCCCGAGUUCACAUCCUUUGGAGGUGCGUGCAAAGUGGAUUUGCUUUAGCAGUGCAUAAAACAGCAUCUUCUCAACAUGUUGACAACACGAGCCAAACUCUUCCAGUCCUCAGCUACAACUACAGUGUUUGAGGGCGGGUCAGAGUAGAUAUUGUUCGCGGGCAGCCACUGAAGACCAAUAGGCUGGCAUUUUGCAAAUGUGUUACAAACCUACAUCGGGUUCAUGCAGGAAGUAAGAAUGGAAUUGCUGACGACUCAUUUCAGGCACUUCAGAAUCGAUUCUUUCUUUUGGGAGACAAUAAACAUUUAUUGUGUACUUUGAUCUUUAAAACUUUGCAGACCUUUUAUAUUCACAAACAGCUAUAUUACACACUACAUGAAAGGAAAUAUCUGAAAAAGCAUAAUAUGGACACUUUUGGAGACAUGUAUCACAUAUAUGCUAUGUAGACACUGUAUUGAAAGGAAAGCUAUCAAUUCAUUAAACAAAACCAUUCAAAUCAGUCAUACUUAACCUUUCUACCAUAGGCCUUCACAAAGAAAUGUAAUUUCUGUAGAAGUAAUACUUCAGUACACAAAGAAAAGGUAUUUACUAAAUAGUUGUAGAAAUAUUUGCCUGUUUUCUCUGAAACUCACUUUACUGGGAGGUCUGACAUUUCAAUAACAGCUGAAGUGUGGAAGUUAUGCAAAAGAGAGAGUUUUUCAGUUGUAUUCAUGGCAUCUAAUUCUUUCCUAGAUUUCAAGUUCAGUUUUCGGUCUGCAUUAACUUCUCAAGAACAGUGACUUACUGUACAGUACAUGACCUCAUAUGUUACGCUACCUAAUGUAAUUACAAUGUAAUUGACACCUUAAUGAAAUUUCUCAAAUAUCUGUCUGUGCCUUGCAUUACCUCUUCACAAUGAUAUACAUGUGCUGCACAAAUUAAAUAAAAACAUAUUAAGAAAUUA